AUGCAGACUAUUAAGACAGUGGAGACCCAAGUGCCCUUUCUGAAAGAGAGUUUCUUUACCACCACUUUCAAAGGAAGGAGGAAGAGCAGCGUUACCAACAUCCUCCGUAAACAACAGCAAUCACUCCUUAAUCAACAACAGCAACAACAGUGCAUUUUAGAGCAUCACCAGCAGCAUCCCAAGCAAUAUCUUUCCCCUUCAGUUGAAAACGGACAAGGGCAGUGCCCUCCGGAGCAUCUGCAGCUUGCCCGCUCGACCAGCAGCCCGUUAUGCAAGACAGCCGAGCAUGCGGGAGCAGAUGGGGAUAAAGAGGAGGGGCAAAAAGAGAGGAAGGAUCAGAGAGCAAGAGAGGCUGUGCAGGGGAGGGGGGGUGAGCGAGCAGUGAGUGGUAGUGAGCCCGCGACUGUCAGUGCCAGUCUCCUCCUCCUUUCAUCAUCAGCAUCAGCAUCAGCGCCACCGGGGGAGGCAGCAUCAUCAUCAUCACAGCUGCCUUCAACCGUGGUGAGUAGGCAGCAGGGAUUAGGCAGCUCUGAAAGCGCUGUAUCCAACAGAGGACCAGCAUCAGUAGCAGCCCAGGAGGAAACCCAGCAUGCCCAGCCUCGACCCCAGCAGUAUGGCCUGUUAGCCAAGGGUGUCCGCCUGCUAAGGAACAUGGGGAACCAGGAGACAAAGCAGAAGAAAGGAGGAGGAAGUGGUGGAGGAGCAUCAGGGGAUGUCUCCGGUGAUGGUGAUGCUGAAGUGGACAAGAAAUCUAAGAAGUCCCACAGCAAGAUAAGUAAAGGAGGAGGAGAACAGAGUGGUAAGAAGAAGUCAAAGUCAGAGUCGAAGGGCUCUGUGUUUUCAAGCAUGAAAAUCAGGAAGAGUUUAUCCAAGGCGAAAGGAUUGUCCAAGGAUGACAUGUUGGAAGAUGGAAGGGCAGCACACUCUGGUAAAGCAGGGCUCAGUCCCGGUGCCGAGGCGAGCCUGUCAGCUGAUGAGAUGGGGAUGCUAUCAGAUGUCGAGGGGGAUCUAAGCUGUUUGCCCACAGAGAGUCACCAGUCUAUAGCAGACGAGAUUGGCCGGAAGACGAGCUCAGGGUCAGAUGCUGACCUCUACAGUUUUCACUCAGCGGCAGCUGAAAAUGAAGACCUGCUCUCUGACAUCCAGCAGGCCAUAAGAGACCAGUGUGUGGCCAGUGACACGGUGCUGGAAAUGGUAACUGGCCGCCUACCUGAACACUCGACCUGUGACGGGAAAAAGGCCCUUGAGAAGGUAAUAUCUCACCAGCUGUUAAAUCUUGAUAGGGAAGUUGGUAGUGCAAGUGUAGCUCAAGAAAUAAUUGCUGAGUGUGAGGAAUUAAAGAACGAAAGCUGUGAUAUACCCAUAUCAAGAAAUUCAUCUGGUCCGGGGUCUCUGAGUGAGAGCGGUCCACCAUCUUCAGCCCCAGACACAGAGAGAAGCAGUGGCAGCCUUUUCCCAAAGACUAAUAGCACAUAUAGCUUCCCUGACACUACAGCCACCACCACCUCGUAUGAGAGUGCUGAGGAGCCCCAGGAAGACCUGGAGAGUCCGGUUUUUCACCCACAGCAGUCUCAAGGUAAUCAAGCUGCACUGAGUAAAAACAUAUGCGUGCCAAGUGUUCGCUUGGAUCCUGUGGUGGCUGGGGCAGGGCCAAUGGGGGCUCACAAAAGUGUGAGCAGCAUGGACCUGUCUAUGGAGAGGGAGGAGGAAGAGGUAACUGGCAGAUGGGACUUCCUGUCCCUGAAAAGGAGGAAGAGUAGUAUGUCUAUUAGCCAACUGACCACAGACAGCCCUCUUGCUCCUCAACCUAGACGGACAUCCUCCAGCUCCUCCUCUACUGUCAAACUCUACCCACCAGUCCACCCUUCCUAUGUUAAGACCACCACCAGGCAGCUCACCUCUCCAAUUGGUUCUCCCAUUACCAGCCCCCACAUACCCAGGAAAACAGAUGCCCCCGUUGCUCCAGUGGAAUCCAGUGGGGCCCAGGGAUUUAGGAGGCGCAAGCAGAGGUCCUGCUCCCUCGCUGGGCCCCUCAGUGUGUCUGCAGACUGGUCCCCAGAGCUGGAUGAGCGAAGAGAAAGGGCCAAAUUCCCAGAGCAGGAGACAACAGAGAAGAGUCACAUAAGUGGGAAUUACUGGACACUGGGCUCCAGGAGAGCACAUUAUGGACGGCAGACCUCCAUUACCACAGCACCCUACCUGGAUGUCUUCUCUGGUCGCACUCUGUUGGACAGGCUGUGUAUGCAUCAUGGAGAUGGGUCCACAGAAGAAGAGGCAAAGGAAUUGUGUCAUCGAAUGUUGGUCCAGGGUGUUUUGCAACCAUUCAGUGAUGGCUCCGCAGAGCCCCAUGGUGACAGCAAUGCCUCAGGAGUCUUUAAUGAGGAGCAGCUGUACACCUGGGCAUCUGUAGGCCUGCCAGUGUCCUCCCACCUGUGGGAACUCUACGGGGGUCGAAGCACAGGCAGAGUGCAGAGCUUGAUAUCCCCUUUGAAUCAAUCAUCAGCGAAGACACCAGGAGCUCUACACUCUCAGACAGAGUCCAGCAGGCUGAAAUCAGGUCAGUCUUCCUCAGAGGAUGAAAGCGGUCUCAUCCCUCAGCUGGAGAGGACCAUCGAUGACCUGCGGAUUAAGAUUGCUGUGUUGCAGGGCCAGCAGGCCUCCUUGGCAAAGGGCAGCGGGGAUAAUAUGGGAGCCCUGGGCGCUGCCCACCACAAGGCCUCACAGAUAAGAGGGGGAAGAUUGGGGAAGAUGAGCCAGGAGGUGUCUGUCCAGACCUCGCCUGUGGAGGAGGAGUUUAAGUUUGACGUGCCUUUCAGCAGAGGAUCAGGCAGCGCGUCGUCCUCUGUUUCUCCCUCCAUCCCCAAAUCGACAGAGAGUUUUGUUUGCACGUGCAAGCAGAGGCAGCAGAGCAGCACCCAACCAGCUCCUCUGCCCCCACCUCCCCCUCCUCCUCCCCCUCCCGCCUCUGGUGGUAUGCCCCCACCUCUGCCACCACCACCACCACCUUUACCAGGAGGUGUCGCUCCUCCUCCACCACCACCUCCGCCGCCCUUACCCGGUCUUGGACCUUGUCCACCACCGCCUCCCCCUCCUCCUCCACCACCAGGUUUUGGACCUCCACCACCUCCUCCCCCGCCUGGUUUCGGACCACCACCCCCACCUCCUCCACCGCCUGGUAUGGGCCCACCUCCGCCACCCCCUCCGCCUGGAAUGGGCCCCCCACUUCCACCCCCACCCCCAGGCUUUGGGCCUCCACCACCACCAGGCUCCAUGCCCUCCAUGAUGGUCCAGGAAGCUGCACCCGCCAAGGCUGUGAUAGAGCCCCCCAAGCCAAUGAAGCCGCUCUACUGGACACGCAUACAGCUGCAUGCUAAAAAACAAAGUGACUCACUUGUGUGGGAGAAAAUUGAGGAGCCAACUGUGAACUUUGAAGAAUUUGUGGAACUAUUCUCCAAAAGUGCUGUUAAGGAGAAGAAAAAGCCAAUUUCAGACACAAUCAGCAAGUCCAAGGCCAAGCAGGUGGUGAAGCUUUUGAGCAACAAGCGUUCACAGGCUGUGGGUAUUCUGAUGUCCAGCAUUCAUCUUGAUAUGAAGGACAUCCAGAAUGCCGUCCUAAAUAUGGACAACACCGUGGUUGAUCUGGAGACGCUGCAUGCCCUUUAUGAAAAUAGAGCUCAAGAUGAUGAGAUGGAUAGCAUUAAGAAGCAUAUUAAAUCAUCCAAAGACAAGGAGGAUGCCAAGCCACUGGACAAGCCUGAACAGUUUCUAUUCCAGCUAUCCCAAAUCCCCAACUUCUCUGAACGGGUGUUCUGCAUCCUGUUUCAGUCUACUUUCCAUGAAUGUAUCACCUCAGUCCUCCGCAAAGUAGAAAUCCUUCAGAGAGUAUGCAAGUCUCUCCAGAGUGGUCAGUGUGUAUUGCAGGUGCUUGGCCUGGUGCUGGCUUUCGGCAACUUCAUGAACGGAGGCAAUCGGUCUCGAGGGCAGGCCGACGGCUUCUCCUUGGACAUCCUGCCAAAACUGAAGGACGUUAAGAGCAGUGAUAACUCCAAGAGUCUUUUGUCCUACAUUGUUGCUUACUAUCUAAGGCACUUUGAUGAGGAUGCUGGCAGAGAAACGUGUGUCUACCCUCUGCCCGAGCCCCAGGACCUUUUCCAGGCCUCCCAGAUGAAGUUUGAGGACUUUCAAAGAGAUUUGCGCAAACUGAGGAAAGACCUCAAUGCAUGCUCCGCUGAGAUGGGGAAAGUUUGCAAAUUGUCCUCUGAAGAGAACCUGCAACCCUUUAAGGACAAGAUGUACACAUUUCUUAGCCAAGCUAAAACAGAACUGGAAACGCAGGAGAAGCAGCUGGAAGAGACCCAGAAGAUCUUCUUGGAGUUGAGCGUGUCCUUCUCAGUUAAACCCAAGGCAGGAGAGAAAGAGGUCUCUCCCAACACUUUCUUCUCCAUUUGGCAUGAGUUUUCCACUGAUUUCAAAGACCACUGGAAGAAGCAGAAUAAACUGAUGUUACAGGAACGGGUCAAAAUGGCUGAGGACUGCUUCAAACAGGCCAGGGAGAAGGCUUCCUACAGUGUGAAACCCAAACAUGCAACUGGAAUAAAAGCAAAGCUGGGUCAGAAGAUCUGAAGCAGAGAAUGGAAAAUGAUCAUCAUCAAGCCUGUUGCACAAGCACUGUUUGUACAAUCUGACACGACUCAUCAGUCAUUUUUAAAACAUUUACUUAUUUCCAGUAUUUGUUUUCAAUUGAUUUAGAACUGUUUUUAUUAUGAGUUGGUUCAAAGUGGAUAUUAUGGUAAUGUUACAUUCUCAGCCAGCUUUUGAUAGCACUCGCAUAAUUAAAUGAAAUAUUGCUACUAAAAGACGUCCUUAAGCUGAGAUGAUUAAAUGUUGUUGAGUCAUUUACCAGAAAAUGAAAUUUGUAGCAACACUAUAUCCAAGCUUUCUCUGUAUUUUAUAAGCCAUAUGUAGCCUAUUUUCUUUUUUAGUGCAAUUCCCAGGCCUUCUUUACUAGGAAGGCAUGAACACUUCCUCUUUAUAUCUCCCUUAAUUGUGAAAAGCCUAGAAUUUUAUAACCUUUGUAUGCGGUAGGUAGGGAUUGCCUGCCAGACAGAAAGUGCCUUAUCGCACAGUGGAGUGGUCAGAGGAGUGCUGUAGUACAGAGCUUAUUUUUUAAGACAUAUCAUUUGUAAUUAAUUGUUACAUAUAAAGAAGAAAAAUCAGUUUUACACAGGCCAGAACAUGACAGAUUUACUUUUCUUAAUAGUUUCAUCAAGUGUGUUUCAGAACCUUGUGAUAAUUUUACAUUUGUUUUACAUGGAGCACUUCCUCUAUGGUGGUUUAAUAUGUUUGGGUUUUUUUCAGUCAAAAAGACCAUGCAUCUUUAAAUGAUGUGCUGUAAUACAGACCUAAUAUUGUUUUAUUGUCGACUUGCUCUGUUUGAAGCAAAAUCCUAUGCAGUUAGUUUUGCCUUUCCCACUAUAUGUGAGUGUGUG